AUGGUACCCACCGGGAGGAAGCGCCCCAGCAAGGCGACCCGCGCGGCCGAAGAGCAGCCCGCGGAGGCCUACGACUCGGAGAAGGACGAGCGCGGGCUGAGCGGCUCCGACGACGACGUGGAGGCGGCGCCCGCAGGAAUUGACAAGCGUGGAAAGAAAAGGUCUUCCGCAGAAAUACUUGAAGAUAUGGGCGGUGAAGUACAGAAUAUGCUGGAAAAAUUUGGAGCUGAUAUUAACAAGGCUCUCCUUGCCAAGAGAAAAAGACUAGAAACCUAUACCAAGGCUUCUUUCAAGUCCAGUAGCCAGAAAAUUGAACAUGUUUGGAAAACACAGCAAGAACAAAGGCAGAAACUUAACCAAGAGUAUUCUGAACAGUUCCUGACUGUGUUUCAGCAGUGGGAUACAGAUCUGAAGAAAGUAGAGGAACAAGAAGAGAAACUGAUGAAUAUACUGCGACAACAACAAAAGGUUUUUCAACAGUGUAGAAUUGUUCAGAACCAGAGAUUGAAGACAGUUAAACAGCUGUAUGAGGAGUACAUAAAGAGUUUGGAGGACUUGGAGAAGAAUCACGAUAAUCUACUCAGUGGUACACAAAAUGAACUUAAAAAAGAAAUGGCUAUGUUGCAAAAGAAGAUCAUGAUGGAAACUCAGCAGCAAGAGAUGGCAAGUGUUCGCAAGUCUCUUCAGUCCAUGUUACUCUGAUGACUCUUUGGAGACAGAACUU